AUGAGGAACACGAUGAUCCUCAACAGCAGCAUCAGCCAUCGAAACUGGCCCAGGUUUCAGCGGCCAAGAACAGCCUGUACGACUGAUUUUGCUUGUUCUUCUGCUUUUCUGGCUUUGACUUACUCAUCUUGCUCUGGGUGGAAUCCAACUACUCCUGGUACGUCAAAUUCUGCUACUUUCAUAAACGUUGAUGAUGCUUUGGCUUCUUUUGAAUUGAUGGUCUGCAUGAAUCCCAAGCCUUCUACUGCGAGAUUUGGUCAGGUAUUGUCCUAUCUUCUGAAAAUGAACGUCCCCCAUGCUGCCUUCUCUGUAUCUAGAUCAAUGGAAUUGGCUGGAAUUCCACACAAUGAGUACACACUCAACAUGUUGAUUCAUUGCUUGUGUAAAUUAGGCCGUGCGGAUGUUGGCUUUUCAGUUUUGGGUAAAGCUUUUAAACUGGGAGUUCAACCUGAUGUUGUCACCUUCGGUACACUGACUAAUGGGCUCUCUAAAGAUGGAAAACUUGCUCGGGCUGUGAAGUUGCUUGAUAAAAUAAGGAUGUUGGGAUAUCAACCCGAUGUGUACACAUACACCCCAAUCAUCAAUGGACUAUGCAAAGCAGGACAAGCAAAUGCGGGUUUUGAAUUGCUCGAGAAAAUGGAAGAUUUGGGUUGUCAACCUGACGUUUCUAAUUAUAGCACAAUCAUUGACAGCUUCUGUAAGGAAGGGUUGCUAUGCAAAGCCUUAGAUGUGUUUUCCAGAAUGAAGGGAAGAAAAGUUUCGCCAAAUGUGGUCACUUAUAGCUGCUUGAUUCAUGGACUGUGCAUCUCAAGGCAACAUAAUGAAGCUAUGAUGUUGUUGAAUGAAAUGAUAGAAAAGAACGUCAUGCCUAACGUUUAUACCUUCAACAUACUGGUCGACGCUUUUUGUAAGAUGGGAAAUCUGAUGAAAGCUAAAGUUGUAGUCAAAAUGAUGAAUCGAAGAGGUAUGCUUCCAGAUGUUGUGACUUAUAAUUGCUUCAUUCAUGGUCUAUGUAUUUCAGGCCAAGAGAAUAAAGCUAUGAAGCUGUUGGAUGAAAUGAUAGAAAAGAACAUCAUGCCGAAUGCAUAUACCGUCAGCAUACUGGUUGAUGCUUUUUGUAAGAAAGGAAAUGUGUUGGAUGCUAAAGCUGUAGUCAAAAUGAUGAUUCAAAGAGGCCUGCUUCCAGUUUCCAUCACAUACAAUUCAUUGAUGAAUGGGUAUCGCAUGCGGAACGAAUUAGACAAGGCGCGGAGGGUAUUUGAUUCUAUGGGCCGCACGGGAUGCAAGCCUAAUGUUUACAAUUAUUGCAUUAUGAUUGAUGGAUAUUGCAAAAAUGAAAGGAUAGAGGAAGCCGAGCAGUUAUUUAAUGAUAUGAUUGAGAAGAAUGUGUCUCCCGACACGUUUACAUAUAAUACUCUCAUGAAUGGAUAUUGCCUUACAGGAAGGCUUGAAGAUGCACGAGAGCUUCUCAAGAAAAUGUGCUGUCAAGGUUUCUCCCCGGAUGUUGUGACGUAUAGUAUUUUGCUUAUUAAUUUGUGCAACCAAGGCUAUCUUGACGAAGCAUUGGCUCUAUUUGAAGCAAUGAAAAGUAAAAGGUUGAAGCCCGAUGUUCAUAUGUAUAACUUCUUUAUUGCUGAUCCACUUGAAGCUGGGGAUCUUAUCCAAGAAAUGUGGUCCAAGGGUUUCGCAGCUGAUACAACCACACUAUCCUUGCUGAUGGAUUUGACGUCGAAAAAUCAGCUGAAUCAUGCACUCGUCAGAAAGCUGCUUGGUGAUUCUGGAAUGGCUAGUAAGUAG